UAAAUGAUCCUUCAGAUCUUCUUCCAUUACAAUAAACCUCAACUAUGCAUUAUUACCAUUAUCUUCUUCUUGUCUACCACUGCUCUAUCUGUUAAUCCAAAAUUUGAGGCUUGUACACCUCAAAGCUGUGGAAAUGGCCCAGCCAUUAAGUAUCCUUUCUGGAUUCCUUAUGAACAGGAACCAUAUUGUGGCUAUCCUCAGUUUGAGAUCACCUGCAAGGACAAAAAUCCAAUUCUUACAGCAUCUAAUUAUGAUUUUUUAGUAAAAGAUAUCUCUUACUCUAACUCUUCAUUUACUGCAACCAACAUUGCUGUCUUUGAGGACAAGUGUCCUGCUCCUAUCUAUAAUUACAGCCUUGAUCAAACUCCAUUUUCCUAUAGUUCUGAAAAUUCCAAUCUCUCUUUCUUCUACAACUGUACCACAGAACCAAUAGAUUACCCCACUUACGGUGUUGACUGUGCUAAAAAUGCAACACAUUAUUCUUUUGCUGUUUUUCAUAAGGAGGCACUGGAGCACAAAAACUCCUUUAAUGAGUGUCAGUUUAUGGUUAAUGCACCAUUGUACAUGAAUGCUGCUGUUAAUUUCAGUAGCUUACUGCGAAUGAAUUACACUGAAAUUUUGAAGAUGGGGUUUCUUUUGAAUUGGACUGCACCUGAUUGCCAGUACUGUGAGAAAAGUGGUGGACGCUGUGGCUUUGAUGGUUCUCAGUUCCUCUGCUUCUGCAAGGAUAAGUCCUACCUAAAAAGUUGUGGUGGUGGUAAAACAUUUGGAAAAUAUACUGAUCGUACUUUAUAUAGUUUCUUAAGCAAGCAUUCUUCUCUUUGUAUGCAGUUUCUUUUCCCUUUAUUCAUUUUUUUUCUUUCUCUUUUGUGUACAAUGCAGUUUCUUUGCUAAUAUGCCAUUUCAGAAUAUGCUAACCAAUUAACUAUAACAGAACAUUGGUUUUCCUUUUGACCUCUCAGACACAUCUUAAAGUAUAUCUACAGAUAAGAUGACUAUGGUUUCACUAUUUCAAAAUGUGUGUCAUUAACAUAAUGUGCGGCCACACUUACAGCCAUAAGAGCUCUUUGUGUUUUUAUAGACACAGUAACAAAAUCAAUUGUGUAGUUGUUUGAUGUCAUCAUCAACUGUGUGUUGAAAAGAUUCAGCUACCUAUAACUUUUUGUCCUUCUUUCAAUGUGAUUACGUCUUUGUCAGUUGUCAGGCACUGAUUGCUUAUCAUCUAAAUAUGCAGAAAAUUGGCUGAAAU